AUGAUACUUUUGUAUUUACUUUUUGAAGGUUCAAGUGCCCAUGCAAGUGGUUUAGUAUCACCUACGGAACCCAAGCUGUUUCCUCAUGCUGCUGUACUCAUGACAUCCAGUGGACACCCUGUUUUGGUACCACAGCCAUUAGUUCAAGGAGAAAGAGGAGUCAAUAUCCCAUCACCUUACCUAGCACAAGCUAGUGUUUUCUACACUCCACACUUCUUUCCGGCUCAACAUUUUGCAGCACAACGUGCAACAUUGCAGCAGUAUGCUCAGGUUUCUCCACUGUUACAAUUACAUGCAAACUCUGCAUCUUUACCGAGAGAAAUGCACACAUUACAUAAUGGACCUGGAGAUUUGCACAGUGUGUCUCCUGAUGCAAAUGGCAAGGAAGGAGUGGUCAUGAACCAAUGUUCAGUGCAAGAGUCUGUCAUAGUUAGUAACCCAUCGGCUAAAAAUCGCAGGCAAUCUUAUGCAGAUCUUGACUCAGUUUCUUCCCCGUCCCCUAUUGCUAUGCCAGCACUUUCCCCAUUAACAGCAAAGACGCCCUCAAGCCCUGGAACCCCUCAGCAAGCUGCAUCUUCACCCGAUGAAGUGGAAAUUUGUGUGAUUUGUUCUGAUAAGGCUACAGGGCAUCAUUAUGGAGUCACAAGUUGCGAAGGCUGUAAAGGAUUUUUCAAAAGAAGUGUUCAAAAUAAGAAAGUUUAUUCUUGUCGCAAUUUGACUCAAGACUGUCCAGUCGACAAACGUCAUAGAAACCGUUGCCAGUUCUGUAGAUUGCAGAAGUGCAUUAAAGCAGGCAUGCUCAAAGAAGGUCAGUGGAAUUCUUUUUUCACUGAACAAGUGAAAAUUCAUAUUUUCAUGAUAUACACAUCAAGGAGAUCGGGAAUUUGAAAAAUUUGUCAUGAUUUUGGGGAAAGACCAGAUUUUGCUGAGAAUACUUACUCUUCUUAGAUUCACAACAACAUCAGAAAAUUCAGAGGUUUUAUUAAAUAGGAUGUUUUCAAUGGGCAAUAACCUUAUACUUGCUAUGCUUUUGAUUUGGGAUCAGUUGUUUAAAAUCAUGUCAGUGGCAUACACAGUAGAAUCAGAAGCUCUGUCUGAAGGGAUUUUCCAAUGAUGUGAAUGUUUCAAGUAGUACAAAAUCUUGAUGUUAUACUAACAGUAUUUCCCUUGUUAGUGUUUGCAUAUUAAUUUGCAUAUUAGUGCAACAGGAAGAAGAGGACAGCAAAAUGUUUGUGUGUGACAAACAUGACAGGGCUGUUAUGUGUGUUUUGUUGUGAUCUUCCCUUGAUAUAACUGUGUUCUGGUCCUUCACAAAAAAUCUGUUCAAAGGAAGGUGAAGUUUGGCAGAAAAUUUUUUUCAAAGAUAAUAGUAUUAUUGUUCCGCUUUGUCACACAAGGUUUGCCGUCUUCUUUCCUCUGCCGUCCUAUUGCAUAUUUCAUUAAUCUUUAACUUCAGUGCAUUACUUUAAAAUUAUUACAUAGCGAUGUGUUUUAUUCAGUUGUAAUUGGAUUAUUUGCCAGCCAAUCAGUGUACAUCUCCUUUUUACUCAACUGUUAAUAUAAGAAAACUAUUGCAUUGAAUUUCAUAGCUGUACGUGAAGAUCGAACCCCCGGCGGCAAACACAAGAACAAUUCAAAUUCAGCUGGUGCAAGGAUCAAAUCGGAACCAGCAGCUAAAAUGGCUCGGACAAGUUCGACUGGCAGUUCAAGUUCAGAUCGUGUAGAUGCACCACUGACAAUAAAGCCUCCCUCGAGAACUUUUCCUUUGUUUAUUAAAGAACUGAUGAAACAUGAGCCUCGGUCAGAGGGGCAUUCUGCAGAUUGUCAGGGAUGCAAAAUCGAGGACACAGGACAAAAAACCUUGGCACACAUUACACAGCAAGCUGAAGAGCAAAUUAAAAGAAACCUGGAAUGGUUCAAAUGCCUUCCUUUUCUCCAUAGCAUUUGUGAUAGAGACCAGAAGACCCUUUCAAAAAGCGCUUGGGUGGAACUUAUGCUUAUCAAUUUAACUAAACAAUCCCUGCAAUUAGAGAAUGGAGUCCGUCUGUGUCAGGGACAAGUUUUAGACUAUUCAACCGCUGAAGUGACAGGAAUUGGGGACAUUAUGCAUCGUGUAAUGCAGCUCACAGCAAAGUUUAAGGAAUUGAAUUUGGAUGAUGCUGAAUUUAUUUGCAUAAAAGUAAUAAUUCUUUUAAACCCAGGUAUGGAAAAUUACCUGUCACAAUUUAUUAUAUUAUUUUGUAGUUCAAUUUUUGAUUACUCUAAUGCUCAGUUAAACUAAUUCUCUGGACUUGACAUUGUUUCUUCAAAUUUUAUAAAAUAAAGUUUAAAACGGGUAAAAAAACAUACAGCCCCCACCCACAAGUAGUCUGAUGGCAUAGCAAACGCCUUCAACCAUCUAUUUUUGGUUUCUGGUUCAUUUAUUUUUCUGUUAUUAUUGUUGUUGUAGAUGUCAAAGGUCUUAUGGAUCAGCCACUUGUGGAGCAACUGCAGGAUAAAGUACAUGCAUCAUUACUGGAAUAUAACAACAAUUUUCAUCCGGGUGAACCAAAUCGCUUUGGAAACACCCUUUUAAGAUUACCAGAAUUGAGAUCAAUCGGAACGAAGAGUUUGGAACGUCUCUUUAUGCUCAGUCUCACUGGACAAAUCCAUCCAAGCUUGUCACUGUCGGAACUUCUCCACUCUACAAAAAGAUGACUUGUGUGUAUACCAGGUUAUUUAUGUGCAGUGUAAGUGAAGUGAAUGUAAGCUCUAAAACACCGACGGUAUUUCAGCUGUUUCACUGUUACUCUUCUUAGUUAACUCUCCAGUUAUGUGUGCAGGCAUGUACAUGUUACAAUAUGUAUGUGUUUGCAGGUGUAAUAUUGUGCAAGUCCUGUGCCCUUCCAUGUAAUAAUUUAACAGAGAAUCUAGGGACAGUUACUUUUUUAAAAUACGUUGUACUCUUAGUCCAAAUAGGGACCUUAAGAUCUGAGGAUGGCGACAGCAUCAAAAACGUCAUUUUUAAAAGUGAAUUUGCAUUUUUUCAAUAUGCAUCUUGAUUAUUCCAACUCACUUUAUCAAAUGUAGGUGAACUCUCCUGGAGAUGAAUCCUUAAGAACCAUAAUUAUCCAAGCUCAGAAAAAGAAAGAAAAUUUUUCUGUAUCAAGUCAGGGCUCGUUUAUGUCCUCAAUAAAAUGUGAAAGAAGACAUUUUCAUGUUGUAGUCAUGUAGUGAUGAUGAAGAAAUGUACAAAAAAGUGUGAUGCACGUGCAAGGUUGUUGAACGUAAUGGAGUGCUUUUGUGAUGAUUUCAUUGCCAUUGCCAUCAUUGGAUCUUACCGUAACAUCCCUAAAGUCACUGCUCAACAUCUUAGGCCUGGUACAUUUUAAAAAUGCUGAACUUUCAAACUUAGAUAAGAGCUAGAUUGCUCCCUGAUCAAGAAAUGCCAGAUUGAUAGUAUUAUCCAAACUUGAUUCAGUACUGUAACAGUUCGAGGUAAAAUUUCCAAGUAUAAUAUGUGUCAAAUUUGGCAUCCAAAUCAAAAUUUCCGCUAAAGCUGAGCGAGUGGGAAUAAUGGCAGUAACAUUCGAACUGAGGUAGCCCUCCUUAACUGAUUAGAAACCAAAAUUUUUUCAUCUAUUUUAGAAAAUUAGGACCUGUUUCAAAUUUUAGGCUUAACAGGUUCAGAGAGGGCUUAACUGGCAAAUGUUAGCCUAACAGGCUCUUAAAAUCCGGGUUGGGGUUUUACUGAUAAGGUAAGACUAACCUACUGGACUACACUGCGCGGAACCUGUGGAACUUAAAGAAAUGUCUAUCUUUCUUUCAUGAUAUCAACUCAAACUAGUACUUAUUUAAAUGUACCUGUACAUCACUUGAAUUGAUUACUUUGAUGGUGACAACCGUCUGAAUUUCCUGUUUCCAUUAACCAUGUGGUUAUUUUCCCAUUUCUUCUGGGGUCACGUGCUGCUAUUGCUACCUAAAUGGCCAAUGCUUUAAUGUACUGACAAGAGAAAUUGCUAAUGCUACCAAGUGGUUAAUGCUUAGCAUCAACUUCCUAGGAUUUAUGCCUCUGUUAACUUCUAAACCUAAGCAAAAAAAAAAUUGGAAUCUCUCAUAGGCGAGAAAAAAUAGGCAAUUGCUAAUUGUGACUUGUCACACAAUCCACCUUCCAAGGAAUUAGUUACUUUCAUGCUAAGCACAAGUAAAAAGGGUCUCGGAGCUCUUGCGCAUGCAUUAUCCUAAAUGUAUAUAAAGAGGGUGGGAACAGGGAAAUCAUAACUGGAAAUGACACGUGAAAAAAAAUUUAGCAGAUAGCAAUGUUGUGAUAUACAUGAAGUCAAGUUUCAACCAAAAAGAGAAUUAUAUUUAGUAACUAAUACCAAAGUAGUUUUUGUCGUUACAUAAAAUUUUUUGUUACAUAUUUUUAUCAUGUAAACCUUAUAACUGUACCUCCAAAUGCAUUUGCAUAAAAACGGUAGUCUCUUUAAGUUCCACUGGAUUUUCAAGUUCCGUGGUUCUACGGUCUGCAGGUCCAUAGAUUAGUCCUAUAUGCAAAUAUGAAGUAUGUUGUACAUGUAACCAUCUUUACCCCUUUAAGUCCCAUUAGUGACCAACAGCAAUUUUCUCCUAACAACAUCCAUACAUUGUCAUGAGAUGAGGUUAUGAGAAUUAAGAAAAUGAUCUCCUAAGAGAAAAUACUUUGAUCUUUUAUCAAAUUCUCUCAACUCAUUCUUUAAGGAAAUAUAUAGAGAUCAGUUUGGAGAAUUUGUAUGUGGAUAUUGGGGCUUAAAGGGUUAAGGGGAAAGAGAAAUGUUCAGCAACAGUACAUACAAGCAUGCACUGAAAGGCAACUGUAUGUCAGUCUGAGUUAAUAGUAUUUGCAUUGUAGAUGACAACUGUUUUAAAAUCCUAGUACUGAAUCAAUUUGAAGAACUUUAUUUGUUAGGUACUUUAUAAUGACAAGAGCACUGGCAUUUUCAGAUGAGAUGGUAUGAAUCUUAUUUUAUCUUUGACUCUAAUUAUUAAGGCUUACAGGGUUUUAAAUUUUAGGCACUUCUUAGUAUAUAAAUCUUUAAUGAGGAUUUUUCCGAAACAAAGCAAAUCUCAGAUAGUAUCUUAUUACCGGUUCAACACUAGUGGCAGUUAUUUGGGUUUCUCCAGCCCUGGCUAAUACGUUUAUUAACAAAUUUUGUGAAGACAUCAGAGAGAUUCAGGGUUAGAUAUUGCAUGUCCUAUAUUUUAUGCUAAAUUUUGAAAUAAUUGUGACUUCCUCCUGCUUAGAGUUAAGCAGAGUAAGAACCCUUGAAAGCGAUACUUUGUAGUCAAAAUAUAUGUAAUAAUUGGCCAGACAUACUUUUUGUUAACCUAAAUUAUCUUGGAAAAAGUUAGUCCCCCAAGAUCAAUUUGUUUGUUUUAGAUAUCUGUUUCUUGUUAGAUGGAUAUCUGGGAAAAUCCUGUACAAAUUGUUACAUAGGCCAAAGGUUUGAAAUAGUUAAACAUUGAACUGGUGCUGGUAAAAAAAAGCCUCGAUGAGUGACUGCUGAAAACUGCUUGAUUCUCCUCCAAAUUGCCCGUAUUUGCUUGCAAAACACUGGGAGAAUUUGAUGAUUUGUCAUUCCAGAAAAUAUCCACACUUGUCCUUCUCAUGGAAGUUUAAUUUUGCUUUGAGCAAAAGACUGUCUGUGACCCCCUUGCCCUUCCCUCCCCCACGAGGUGUGGUUUCCUGAACCACACAAUAAAGCAAUAGUCACUUAUGGCCAUUUUACCAUGCACCCCUUGAAUUGUUCUUUUUGUGUUAAUUUAGUUCAAAUAACUCCAUUACCAGGCGAUGAUACCAAUACAGGACAGAACAUUGCCGUUUCAUAGUGGCGUUGUGUCUCUUUGUGUAUGGCAGCCCCCCCCCCCCCCCCUUAAAAAUGGGGAAGUGGGGCUGCUAUACACCAUUGAACAUUAAUAUUUCAAUUUAAAUUCUUUCUCUUUGGAAGGAAAAGGAACUUUUACUAUUUCAGCAUCUGCGUUUAGAUGGAUCUAAUAUUAUUUCACAUUGUUAAGAUGAGCUCACUGUUAGUGCGCAAAACAUUGAAAAUAUUAUAAUUUACUGCCAACAAGCUAAAUAAAAGUGAGCUAUAUAUAUUUUUUAAGUGUUUUACACUAUAAAAUAUGUGGAUAAAGAGUAACUUUAACUCUGCAAAUCUUGAAUAAAUAAACAUGUCAAUUGAGAGGUAACAUUUUUUCUCGUUAAAAACAUGAGAGGUCAUGUUACAGGUUUCACAUCACAGCAACAACAAUUUUAUUUUACAAAGUACAUGUAACAUACUAUGCACAC